AUGGUGCUCUGUCCAAUAUGCAACCAAACUGUCAAAUCCUCCGAGAUCAACAGCCACAUCGACUCUGGCUGCACGACCUUCCUCAUCGACGCUGCCCCGACCGCUGCCAGCCCUAGCAGCAACGCCAGCUCCAAGUCCUCACCAUCCCAGACAAACCCAAAGUCACAGCCCCAGUUGCAAGCGACACAGUCGGUCACGCAAUCGCAGCCGCAGCCGCAGCCGCAGCCCCAGGGCCCUCCUCCCGCGUCCACGAUGAAGAGGUCUGCCGCAGACUUCUUCGCCACGCCCGCUGCUAAACGACAGGCAACCGCCUCCAAGGUCCUGACUCCGUUCGUGAACGGAUCAACCAGCUCCACAGCGAGGCCGUCCCCUGGCUACUCGACUGUCAAAACCAUCGGCGCCAAGAGAUCCUUCGACCAAGGGCCCGGCAGCUCGCCACCCGCCCAGGCCGCUCGCGGUGGCUCCCCGCAGGACACCCCCAUGACAGAGGCUCAGCCUCUGUCGCUGCUUGCGCCGCCGGUCAAGAGACACAAGUCCAACCCAAACGCCCCUCUGGCGGAACGAGUGCGCCCGACUACCCUCGACGAUAUCGCCGGCCAGGAUCUCGUCGGGCCCAACGGCGUUUUGCGGGCCCUGAUCGAGUCUCAGUCCUUGCCAUCCAUCAUACUGUGGGGUGGGUCGGGCACAGGCAAGACCACCAUAGCCCGGGUUAUCGCCAACAUGGUCGGGAGUCGCUUCAUCGAGAUAAAUGCCACGUCCAGCGGCGCCGCAGAGUGCAAGAAGCUGUUCCAAGACGCCGCCAACGAGCUGUCGCUCACCGGGAGGAGGACAAUCAUCUUCUGCGACGAGAUACACCGCUUCACCAAGGCCCAGCAGGACGUUUUCCUCAAGCCUGUCGAGGCUGGCACCAUCACCCUGAUCGGAGCCACCACCGAGAACCCAUCCUUCAAGAUCCAGGCCGCCCUCUUGUCCCGCUGUCGAACCUUUACCUUGCAGAAGCUGUCAAACGAGCACGUUCGGGACAUCUUGACGAGGGCCUUGAAACAUGCGUUCAAAAACGACCCGUCAAAGCUGCCUCCCCUCGUCGACGAGGAGCUGCUCACCUAUCUCUCUGCCUUCGCAGACGGUGACGCCCGGACCGCCCUGAAUCUCCUGGAACUCGCCAUAUCACUCACCACCAAACCGCCGGCUGACCCGUCGUCACCGCUCACAAAAGAAGACAUCAAAGCAGCGCUCACCAAGACCCUGGUGUACGACAGGGCCGGGGACCAGCACUAUGACACGAUAUCGGCCUUCCACAAGGCGGUGCGAGGCUCUGAUAGUGACGCGACACUCUACUACCUCGCGCGCAUGCUGCAGUCAGGCGAAGACCCGUUGUUUGUCGCCCGCCGCAUGGUUGUCAUCGCAUCCGAAGAUGUGGGACUCGCUGAUAACUCACUCCUAUCUCUCGCCACGGCGACUUACACCGCUGUGGAGAAGAUCGGCAUGCCAGAAGCCCGCAUCCCCCUGGGCCACUGUGCAGUUGCUCUGUGCCUUGCCCCGAAGAGCACGCGUGCGUAUCGCGGGCUCAACAAUGCUUACGCUGCGCUGCGCGAGCCGGGCGUGGCUGGGCUGCCGAUCCCCAUACAUCUGAGGAACGCGCCGACGAGGCUGAUGAAGGAGAUGGGUUACGGGAAGGAGUACAAAUAUAAUCCGAAUUACAAGGACGGCAGGGUCAGGCAGGAAUACUUACCUGACCAACUGCUGGAGGAGGUUUCUGGAGGACAGAGACCUCGGGACGGAGACAAAUCGCUGCUAAGGAUGCUCCUGAUUUCCCUCGAUGGCCUGAACACAAACCUCAUCUCCGCCAAGACACGGGCCGUGACUGCUUGCACCAAGGUCGAGGAUGUCGGGAGUUCGAUGGCUUCCAUGCCUCACUAUCUCUCGGCCGGCGUCAACCGGCUGGCUGCUGAUGGGAUCACCAAGGCCGUUCAUGGCUUGGUUGACAUUCUCUUGAUGAUUCUUACCGGGGUUCAGCAGCUCAUCAUGUUCUUUAUCGAGGUCAAGGUUGGUCUCGUCCUGUGUUUCUCGGCUGCCGUCGCCCGGGCAGUCCUCGAGGUUGGCGAGUCCGCCAUAAAGGGCGCCACCGAUGGCUUGAAUGCCGGCGUCAAAAAUAUUAUGGGUCCCCUGACUUCUGGUAUAAACAAACUUAUCGACGCUGCGGGCAAGGUGGAAGGCGUCUGGGACGAUGUUACUGGCAAGCAUAACGCCGCUGACGACGUCCACGACAGCCUGGAUAAGCUAAAUAAUCUACCACCAAUCGAUCCCGACUCACUCCUUGGGGGCUUGAAAGACGUCGAAAACAAGAUCAACUAUGACAACGUCAAAAAUGUAGCGAAAGAAGCCAUCGCGGUUCCAUUCGAUAUGGUCAAGCGACUUCUCAAUGAGAGCUAUGGUACCUGGGAGUUUGACCACUCCGUCUUUCCGGUCCCCGCGAAGGAAUCCCUGUCUUUCUGUCCCAACAGCACGCUUGAGGACUUCUUCGAGGUCCUGUUCAAGAUCGCCGCCAAUGCGAAGAUCAUCGGCAUCGUGGCGCUUAUUGCCCUUGCUGUCCUCGCAUGUGCCGUCAUGGCUUGGUGGGAAAUCAAGCGGUUCAACAGGCAGCUCCACAAGUCAGAGACACUCAUCAACCGCGAGCCCAUGGACAUCGUCUACAUUGCCGGCCGACCUCUGACGGCUGGCACGGGGGUCUGGCUAUCGGAGAAGCUCUCGGUCGAUCGUAAGCGCCAGUUCCUCAUCCGGUGGGUCUUUGCGUAUGCGACAACAUACACUGCGCUCUUUGUGCUGGCUCUAGCCGUGGCAGGGGCUUUCUCGUGCCUCUGCCAAUGGAUCAUCAUGAGGGCCGUCCAACAGGAGAUUCCAGCCCUCGCUGCCACGGUCGGGGACUUUGCUGGCGAUGUCGUGACCUUCCUGGAGCAGGCUUCCAUGAAGUGGGCCAACGACUCCAACGGCGUCAUCCUCGAAUUUCAAGGCGACAUAAAUGACAAAAUGUUUGGCCAUGUGAGGAACGCCACCCACGCGGCCAACGACACGAUCGGCAAGUUCGACGACGCCAUGCACGAAGGGCUCAACAAGGCCUUCGGGGGCGUCCCUCCACUGGAGAAAUUCCUGAACGAUAUCAUCGAUUGUCUCAUCGGAAACAAGCUCUAUUCGGUCCAAAAAGGGCUGACGUGGGUGAACGAGCACGCUCAAGUCACUCUUCCGCUCUUCCCCGUGGACGUUUUCUCUGUCGGCGCCAACGACUCGACCAGUGGCAACUCCAACGCCACGAAUUUCCUGUAUACACCGAGCUCAUCCGUCACUGACGAAAUCAUAGAUGCAGUGGACAGCGUGGUCGACAAGCUUUGGAGCAAUAUCAUCCAGGAGGUGGUGAUCUCAAUAGUUCUUUUCCUAAUUUACCUGGCUUACGUCUUCUUCGGCGUCGCUCAGGCGGCGGUUCGCAUGGCAAUGGGCGACCGGGAUCACGAUGACGACGACCGGGCUCGGCAACAACCUCGCUUCGGUGACGGCUCCAAGCUGGAGUAA